AUGUUGUCUUCCGAAAUAAGAAAAGAAACAAGACACGUGAUCAUGAAAUCUUUCCUUAAAGACUUGAAGUUUCGCACUCAAAGAUUUCCUAAGAAUCAUUUCAAGCAAAAAGAUGAUGCUUUGAAAGGUAAUGUAAGGGCAAGGAACGAAAGUAGGCAGAAAGAUGGUUAUGAAUUAUGA